AUGCUCAUCAAGCAUAGGAUUGGCAAUGGAUCCCAAACUUCAUUCUGGUGGGACAAUUGGACAACAAUAGGGCCUCUCAACUUUAGAUUUCCACACACUCUUCUAACUGAGGCUGGGUUUAAUGAUGGAACCACUGCCAAUUCCUUUAUUGUUGAUAAUACAUGGUCUUUCCCACUUUCUUUAACCUCUGCCAUACCCGAAUUGCUCUCCUUACCACCACCAUGCCCCUCUAGAAAUGACUCAAAGAAGUGGAUUGCAUCUCCAAAUGGGCAGUAUUCUUUCAAGCAUACACUACAGCACCUUAUAGGGGAUCUCUCAUCAGUACAGUGGCACAAUUUGGUGUGGGAUUCUCCAAUCAUACCAAGAAUGAGAUUUAACCUUUGGAUGGCGGUUCAAUCAAGGUUGCCUACCCUGGACAACAAAGCUAUGGCCAGACAUCAAAACAUUUGUGCUCUUUGCAACAAUUCAACUGAAUCUCAUGAUCAUUUGUUUUUCAACUGCUCCUUUAUCUCACCAAUUUGGAGGUUCAUCACUUACAAAUGUCAAUUGGUCAUCCCAACGGCAAAUUGGGAAGUGCUUGUUCUACAGAUCAGCAACAAUUGGAAGUCAAACACCCCUUCAAACAUGCUUCGAAAAUUGGCUCUCUCCUCAGUUGUGUAUCAUACCUGGGAAGAGAGAAAUGCUAGGAUUUACAAAGGAGAAAAGUCAUCUCAACGAGUUGUCUGCUCCAAAAUCUGUUCCACCAUCUCUGCCAUUCUCAAAUUAAGGGUUCUUAGAAAUUGCUCAACAACUUCAAAGAUCCUCAAGGACUGGAAUCUCUCCCCAUCAUGUUGUCGUCCUCCCCUCCGGCCGCCUCCAAGACUGCGGGAUUAG